GAAUAUUUGUUUUAAACAUACAUAAGACGCAUAAGACGUUCAUUAAGGCAGCCUCCGGCAAGAGAGUACGUACAGCAGAACUGUAAAUGUGAAAACCGAACUACAUCAAUCAAUCAAACUAUUACUACUAUAACUACUACUACUACUACUACUAUGUAUAUCAUUAAGCGUAAGCAAGCUACCUAUAAGAAGAAGAGAAGAAUUUGUAUUCCUUUUACAAAUUGUAGCACAGUGAAGUGAAAAGAGUUGAACAGAAAAAGGGAAAAUCGUAUAAAAACAACAAAAAAAAAAAAAAACCUCGAGAUACUCUCAGUCCAUGUAUGAUAAUUCUGCUCUUAACUUAAGGAUAAAACAAACAAACAAACAAGCAACUGGUUAAACAAGGGAAUCAAAACGGAAAGUAUGGAGUGCGUAUGCACGUGCAUGCGUGCGCGACGCGAGUAUUGGUAGCUGGCGAUGAGAUUUGGCUCAAGUUAACGUCAGAAGAGAAAAUGAAACAUACACUUUAUAUAUCUUCAGGGAAGACUGUCUUGUUAGAAGACUCACUAGGUAGUGUUUAAGGGCACCUCAAACCUCCAUAACGUCGCUCCUAUACGUGUGUGCGUGUGUCUGUGUAUGUGUGUAUUUGAAGUGCAACACUUCGGCACCACUUCUCUUAUCGUAAGCACGAUACAAGGCUGGCAGCUACUGCGUUUCGCCUACUAUUCCUCACCGGCGAAACGGCAACGGCAUAUAUUGCAGAAAUGUUGAUGCACAUGAAUCGAAGCGGGCGGAUCGGAGUAGCGGCUGCAGUGCAGUUGCUACUACCACUACUUGGAACACAGUUCAGCAGCAGGGGGUUGAGAGGUAGAAAGAACCAAAUUUGGAAGAUGAGUUUAGGAUGGAAGGAAACGAAAGGAAAAUAGUAAGAAAGCCCGGAGGAGCAAACUUUUUCGGAAAUGUGAUAUCGUAGGUUUGGAAACAGUUUUACAACCCAAAACGAAAAAAAAAAACAAAAAUCAACAAACA